AUGAAGACAAACCCGGCUGGGUCUGAAAGAAGCUGUAUGUCUCGGUUUUCUUCAGUGGGCAUAAAAAAUGCCAAAUACUCACCCAACUGUGGAAAACAGCUUGAGUGCAGAGGUUUUGUGACGCUGUUUGAGACCCCCUGGUUAAAUUGUGAUUGGUGUUUUGUAGCAGUGGAAGUUGCGCAGAAGGGUUUGAAAGCUCUGCUGAAGUUGAAGGCUGAAGUGGAGGAAACACUGAAGCGAAUUCAGAGCCAGAAAGGAGUGCAAGGAAUCAUUGUGGUUAAUUCUGAAGGUAUUCCUAUCAAAAGCACUAUGGACAACUCCACAACGAUUCAGUACGCGGGCCUCAUGCACAGCUUCAUCAUGAAAGCAAGGAGCACUGUGCGAGACAUCGAUCCCCAGAAUGACCUGACAUUCCUGCGGAUCCGCUCCAAGAAAAACGAAAUCAUGGUUGCUCCAGAUAAAGACUACUUCCUGAUUGUCAUCCAGAAUCCAACUGAAUGAUUGCACUGACUUGGUCUGUUUUUUUCCCUUUGCCCAACUGUUUUUUUAAUUUAAAGGUAAAGAAUAGAGCGUUAGUGUUAACUCUGCUGUGCCACUUCCAUAAUGUCUGGAAUAACAAAAGCGGGUGGCGUUGUUGUUUACAAACAGAAAAAGUGGAAUUUUUUUUUUGUAUCAGAAGUCGUUUUGAGGAGGAGAUGGUGAAUUAGAAUCAAGCAGUAAAAAAAUGCAGCAGAUUCUUCUAAUGGUUAAGAAGACAAUAUAAUAAAAUUCUAACAAU